AGGACUCUGGUACCAUCCUUUACUAGCCAUAUUGACGCUAGAACGGGGAAGAAGAUAGAUGGGGUGCUUCUGCUUCAAACCCUCCACCUCUGAGGAUCCUUUUGAAGCUGAAACUGAUAUCGUCAAACAAGUGUCAUCGAAUGAUGCUCACGUUCAAGAAGAUGAACAGCUUGCUUUGGCCAUUCAAAAAUCUAAAGAAGACGAAGAGGAAAGAAGGCCCACCAGGGACUUAGAAGAGCAUGCACAUGAGAGAGGAGAAAGGCAAAAUAAUUAUGACAACUCUUCUUCUUUGAAAGACAAAAAAGAAGGACAGACUUCUGAGGAGAGUGUAAAGGAGAAAGACAAAAGAAAGCAGUUUGAAGAAGAAGUGAAGUAGGAUGAACAACUUGCUGUGAGUCCUCCUCCUCCUCCUCCUCCUCCUCCACUUGAAGAACAUGACAACAUUUCCUCUGAAGCUCGCUUGGAUGAGAAUGAGGAGCAGCGGAUUAUCUGGGAGAGUUUGAAGGAUAAAGGUCAAACAAAGCCAUCUGAAGAUGAGGUCAUUCCUCCUCGUAGCAAGUGUGGUGGUUGCCACUCUGAGAUUGAACAAGGAGGAUCAGUGGAUGUCUUUGGUGUUCCUUGGCAUCCUGAAUGUUUCUCUUGUGGUGCUUGCCGUAACCCAAUUGCUGUCCACGAGGUUCAAAACCAUGUCUCAAACUCAAGAGGCAAGUUCCACAAAAACUGCUAUAACCGGUACUGCUAUGUCUGCCAAGAGAAAGUUAAGAUUAGAGAGUACAAUAGCCAUCCUUUCUGGAAGGAGAUAUACUGCCCUGCUCACGAAACUGAUGGAACUCCCAAGUGUUGCAGCUGCGAGAGGCUAGAGCCUAGAGAAACGGAGUUCGUAAUGCUAGAUGAUGGAAGGUGGCUAUGUCUAGAAUGUAUGGACUCAGCGGUUAUGGAUACUGACGAAGUCCAGCCUCUUCACUUUGAAAUCCGUGACUUCUUCCAUGGCUUGUUCUUGCCAGUUGAGAAAGAGUUUUCUCUUCUUUUGGUGGAGAAACAAGCCCUGAAUAAAGCUGAGGAGGAAGAGAAGAUUGACAACCAGCAUGGUGUGGUAACCAGAGGUAUUUGCUUGUCUGAAGAGCAGAUUGUCACAAAUGUGUCAAAAGGGCCAAAGAUGGGGGAGAACAAGCAGCUAACAGGAAAGACCACGGAAUCUCAAAGGGUUGUGAGUGGAUGCCCGGUCACUGCAAUUCUCAUCUUAUAUGGACUUCCUAGGUUACUAACAGGAUCUAUCAUGGCUCACGAGAUGAUGCAUGCUUAUCUUAGACUCAAUGGACAUAAUAAUUUGAACAAGGUUCUGGAAGAAGGAAUAUGCCAAGUGCUAGGGCACAUGUGGUUGGAGACUCAGAGAUACGCCCCUAUUGAUGUUGCUGCAGCUUCUUCUUCUUCUUCGUCAAAUGCGGCAAAGAAAGGGGAGUGGUCUGAACUCGAGAAGAAGCUGGUGGAUUUUUACAAGUAUGAGAUAGAAACAGAUGAGUCAGCUGUCUAUGGUGAAGGGUUUAGGAAAGUUAACUAUAUGGUUACAAACUCCAGCCUCCAGGAAACCCUCAAAGAGAUUCUUCCCCGCCGGGGUUGAAGAAGAUGAUGAAGAAGAAGAUCAUCUCUGAUUCAAAAGUUUUGAAUCAGCUCAUGUACGUACGAAACAUACCAUAUGUAUAUGCACGAUCUCAGAUUCAUUGAGCUUGCUUUUGUGUAAACAGUCUUUUCUUCUUGGUUUUCCGGUAAAGUUGGAACAUUUCUGAUGGACCAUUUGUUUGUCCACUGUGGAAUAUUUGUUCUGCAGAUA